UCAAAACAUUAAAUUUAUUUUUUUGUUAUUCGAAUUCAGAGUACCAAUGUUAGAAGAUUGUUUUGGUCUCUAUGGCGGCCCUAUAGAACCUAGUGUUGCAGUCGGAGGAAUGCCAAAAGUUGAUCCCAACGAAGAUCCCGACUAUCUAUUAGCAACCGGUUUGGCGUUAACUUUUCUGGGUAAAAAUCACAAUAAUGAAGCUCUUCUGGAACCAAAUUUAGAAUGGGAGAAAAACUUUAUUGAUUUGCUAAAAAAUUAUACAAACAAUUCCAUUGAAAUAGCAUUCUCAGCAGAACGUUCCAUUCAAGAUGCUAUCAUUGAACUCUCCGAGGGUGAAGUUUCAACAGUCGUAAUCAGUUACGUUGUUAUGUUUAUUUAUGUAGCAAUAGCUUUGGGAAAAAUACGUAGCUGUGUGAGAUUCUUCCGUGAAUCUAAAAUUGUAUUAGCUAUAGGUGGUAUAGUUAUCGUACUGGUAUCAGUUGUUUGCAGUUUAGGUUUCUGGGGUUAUUUAAAAGUAACAACAACCAUGUUAGCCAUUGAAGUAAUUCCAUUUUUGGUAUUAGCAGUUGGUGUUGAUAAUAUUUUCAUAAUGGUACACACCUAUCAUCGAUUAGAUCGGACUCAACAUACAACUGUAGCAGAAGCUAUUGGUGAAGCUAUAGGAUUAGUUGGACCCUCUAUUUUGCAAACUGCUGGUUCUGAAUUUGCAUGUUUUGCCAUAGGUGCCAUUUCGGAUAUGCCUGCUGUUAAAACAUUUGCUUUAUAUGCUGCUGCUGCUAUCUCCUUAGAUUUCUUGUUCCAAAUUACAGCUUUUGUUGCACUAAUGGCAUUGGAUGAACGACGUUACGAAUCAGGACGUUUGGAUCUUAUUUGCUGUGUUCGUACAUCUAAAAACGUUGAACAUGAUAAUGAUGUAGGAUUUUUAGAAAAACUAUUUAAAAACUUCUACACACCAUUCCUGUUGUCCAAACCAGUUAAAUUCAUUGUGUUGCUUAUAUUCACUAUAAUCACUUGUCUAUCAUUGAUGGUUGUACCGUCUAUUGAACUCGGCUUGGAUCAAGAAAUGUCAAUGCCAAAGGACUCGCAUGUAGUUAAAUAUUUCCGUUUUAUGUCUGAACUCCUAGCAACUGGUGCACCGGUCUAUUGGGUAAUUAAGCCAGGACUGAAUUAUACUGAAAGAGAUCAUCAGAAUUUAAUUUGUGGCGGAGUAGAGUGCAACAAUAAUUCGAUGUCUGUUAUGUUGUACACACAAUCACGUUAUCCAGAUAUCACUUAUCUUGCACGUCCGGCUUCAUCGUGGAUUGAUGAUUACAUUGAUUGGUUGAGUAUAUCGGAUUGCUGUAAAGUCAACGCAACAAGUGGUGAAUUUUGCCCUAGCAAUUCAAAAAGUGAUGAUUGUGAACCAUGCAGUCGUGAGUUCACAGAGGAUGGCCUAAGACCUUCAAGCGAAACAUUUCGCAAGUACGUACCAUUUUUCCUAUCUGAUUUACCAGAUGCUGAGUGUGCUAAAGCUGGAAGAGCCUCAUAUGCUGAUGCGGUUAUAUAUACUUUGGAUCAAUAUGGCGAAAGUACCAUAACGGAUACAUACCUAAUGCAAUAUUCUACGACUUCAACUACUUCCAUACAAUUUUAUUCAGCUCUAAGAGAAGCGAAUAGAGUAGCUGAAGAAAUUAAUGACAUGCUUUCGAAAAAUAAUGUAGAUGCCACAGUUUUCCCAUACUGUGUAUUCUUUAUCUUCUAUGAACAAUAUUUAACAAUUUGGGAUGAUGCACUAUUUUCACUAUCUAUAUCUUUGGCAGCAAUAUUUUUGGUGACGUUCUUGAUCACUGGUUUUGAUAUUAUUUCAUCUUUAAUGGUUACAUUCAUGGUGUUGAUUAUACUUAUAAAUAUGGGUGGCAUGAUGUGGGCUUGGAAUAUAACACUAAAUGCUGUCUCUUUGGUCAAUUUAGUCGUGUGUGUUGGUAUUGGUGUUGAAUUUGUAGCACACAUUAUACGCGCCUUUAAAAAUUGUAUUGGUACCAAUCAGGAACGUGCCAGUACAGCGCUCUCAUUGACCGGUAGUAGUGUUUUGUCUGGUAUUACACUUACGAAAUUUGCUGGUAUUGCAGUUUUAGGAUUUUCGAAAUCACAAGUAUUUCAAGUAUUUUACUUCCGUAUGUACCUAGGCAUCGUGCUUAUUGGUGCAGCCCACGGUCUGAUAUUAUUACCGGUUGUACUCAGUUUAUUUGGACCUACAAAUAAACGAAAUAAAGUAGAUUCAAAUAAGCUUGAAGAAAUUAGUUAAGUUUAAUUAGCUUUGUUAGA